AUGGCCGACAAGAUAUCAGAUGCAGAACUUCAGGAGAUCUACGCGUUUGCGUUGGACUUGGGGAGGAGAGCGGGCAAAAUGCUGAUGGACGGGGUAGAGAAGAGAUGUGAAGGGGAUGAAGGGGGGAAGGAGGAGGAAAAAAUGAAUGCGGUGGACAUUGUUACACAGACUGAUUUGGAUGUUGAAGCAUUUGUUAAGCAUGAGAUAUUAAGUCGAUAUCCUUCACAUAAAUUCAUCGGAGAAGAAACCUAUUCCUCCGGCUCCUCCAAACAAUACCUCGUUGAUGACUCCCCAACCUGGAUCGUCGACCCUCUUGAUGGAACAGUAAAUUACACACAUUUAUUCCCUAUGUUCUGCAUCUCCAUCGCCUUUUGCAUCAAUGGUAUCCCCAUCAUCGGAGUCAUCUACGCUCCAAUUCUCGAUGUCUCCUAUUCUGCUUUAGCCGGACACGGCGCUUGGGAGAACGAUCAUGUCGGAGCUAGUGAUGAGGUUUCAUCGGGUGGUUCUAGUUUCGGCUCUGGAAGUUUGAAGAGAAAGAGGAAGUUACCAUAUGUAAAGGGAAAGCCGCUGGGAAAAGAAGCGCCAAAGGGUUGUACGUUUAGUUGUGAGUGGGGAAAAGAUAGGAGGGAUAUCGAGGGAGGAAAUUUGAGAAAGAAGAUUAAUAGUUUUGUAAAUCUGGCUACUGAGAUUGGGGGAAGAGGUGGAAAGGGAGGGAUGGUACAUGGGGUUAGGAGUUUGGGAAGUGCGACAAUGGAUUUAGCAUACACAGCAACCGGAGCUUUUGACAUUUGGUGGGAAGGAGGUUGUUGGGAAUGGGACGUAGCAGCAGGCAUUUGCAUUCUCCGCGAAGCCGGUGGUUUAAUAACCACCGCGAAUCCUCCCGCCAAUCCUGAGACCGAUCCUAUCCAAGAAGUGAAAUUGGGUAGUCGAUUGUAUUUAGCGAUUAGACCAGCAGGCGAUACACCCACUGAAACAGGAAGACAACAACAAGAGCGUGUAGUGAGAGAAGUAUGGAAGAGGGUAGAGGCAUUAGACUAUUCCCGUCCUGGAGCUUAA